AUGAAAACUUACCCACACCGCCGUCAUCGAUUCACACACAACACGCAUCCGCUGUCGGACCGCCGUCGCCGUUGCGUCGGGCCGCCGAGGUCUGCCGCUUCAGAGCAUCGUCACUGUAAGGCGGUGGCUGACAGCGACAUUAUUGGCGAGUUCUCUGGAAGGCGGGGCAUUCUAAACACCGGCGAGAGUUUUUUUGAAGCAACGCUGGGUGGACCUCCGGUGGCGGUAGCGACUGCACUGUCGGUGGACGGUGAUGGAAUGUUCGACGAAACCGACGGUCUGCGGGUGGCUGGGCAUCAGACUAGGAUUGACAACGGUGGGUGGCUGGAUCUGGCGAUGGCGGUGUGUGGCAUACGGGCGGCGACCGACGGUGGGUGGCUGGAUCUGGUGAUGGCGAGGCGGCUAUGGGUGAUGUCAGAGAUGGCGGGCGGUGGCUUUGGACUGGAGUGUCACCGUCUGUGGCCGUGUUUGGGAUUUGAGAAUCCUAACAAACUUUAG